AUGUCUGGUGAGAAGAGGGGAAGGGGCCGACCCAAGAUGUCGGCAGAGGAGGUAGAGCGAAGGAAGGGCAUGACCAAGGCGGAGGUCAACAGGGAGACGCGGGAGAAGACGCGUCUACGGCGCGCAGAGAAGGCGAAAGCCAAAGCGGAGAAGGAGGCCGCUACCGCUGCCGGGCGGGCCCGCGAAUCCGCCCAGCCGGUCGCGGCCUCCCUCGCACAAGUCCCCUUCCCCCAGCAAGCCCCUCCCUCCGAAGAUGCCGAUCUUCACGAUUCCGGCAUCGGCAUGCACAUGGACGACGCAAGUCCGUUGCAGCUAGGAGGGGAAGGAGAGGAGAGGGAGAGGGAGAGGGAGAGGCCCUUCCCUCAGCAGUUCCCGGCCCCGGUGCCCUCAUCCCCGGCGGCCCUCGAUAUCCCACCGUCCCCAACUGGGUCGUGGGCUAGCCUUUAUGCCGCCGACCCUGUCCGAAGAGUCGAGGUGGCGGCUGGAGGUCUCGCAGAGGCCGAAAGAGUCGAGGAGCGGACGAGGACGCGGAGGUGCUCCGUCGAGGAGAGUCUGGAACAGCAUAGGCGGACUGUGCAGGAAUGGACUCGCACUCCCCGUUCGCAUUUGGAGUAUCUCUGUUCGGAGAAGCACUAG